AUGAGACUCCAGACUGUGUCUGCGGGUGCGAUAGCUGGUCUGGUCUCUCGCUUCGUCGUCGCUCCCCUCGACGUCGUCAAGAUCCGCCUCCAACUUCAACCUUUCUCCCUCUCCGAUCCCCUCGCACCUUUGCGCGAAGCUCCCGCAUACCGAGGAGCGUUUGCGACUCUACAACACAUCCUCAAGCAUGAAGGAAUCACAGGCCUGUGGAAGGGAAACGUCCCUGCCGAAUUGCUAUACGUAUGUUACGGCGCAGUUCAGUUCACAACCUAUCGCUCGACGACCGUCUUUCUCCAAACCGCAUUCCCGACACGCCUACCCGAUGCCGCCGAGAGCUUUAUCGCCGGUGCCGCUUCCGGUGCUGCUGCAACCGGUGUUACAUAUCCCCUCGACUUGUUGAGAACACGGUUCGCGGCUCAAGGACGUCAUCGCAUUUACCGGUCGUUGAGAAGCGCUAUCUGGGAUAUUCAACGUGACGAGGGUUGGAGGGGGUUCUUUCGGGGCAUUGGACCUGGCCUCGGCCAGAUUGUGCCUUUCAUGGGCCUCUUUUUCGUCUCAUACGAAUCUCUAAGGACCUCCUUAGAAGGCUUGCAUAUGCCUUGGGGUAGCGGAGAUGCUACCGCGGGUAUGAUGGCUAGUAUUCUAGCCAAGACGGCCGUGUUCCCCCUCGACCUGGUGCGGAAACGUAUCCAAGUCCAGGGUCCAUCUCGAAAUCGAUACGUGUAUGAGAACAUACCGGAAUAUUCAACUGCGCGGGGAGCGAUUCGAUCUAUCCUGCGAACCGAGGGCUUUCGCGGUCUUUACAAGGGCCUGCCUAUCAGCCUCAUCAAGGCGGCGCCGGCGAGCGCUGUCACUCUUUGGACUUAUGAGCAGACGAUGCAAUUCAUGCUUGGUUGGAAUUCAGGCGCCGAAGCGGUCAUUCGGGAAGAAUUAUAG